UCCCAAAGUCGCAUAAACACGGUGGGGUUUCAAAAUUAUCCCGCAAAAGGAAGACCAAAUAGAAGAUUGUUAUUACAAGAACAUCGCAGCACACGUUGAUUUCCUCUUGUAGAAUAAGGGACUAAGUAUGACAACAGAAAAAAGUCAGCCCCCUGUUGCUUCUGCUCCAGUUAUUACAUCAUGUCGAAGGAAAAAGUCAGAUGAUACAACUUUCUUGGAGGAUGUAAAAGAUCACAUUGAUGAGUUUAUAAAUGCUUCCAUGGAUGAACACAAGACAUGCUUCCAAAAGACCAUCUCAAAGAUGUUUGGUAUGUCUAAAGUUGUUGCAGAAAGAAAUUCUAAUAACAAGGAAGUUGAGAGUUCACUAUCCCUGCAAACAGUUGUUUCUGAUUAGUUUCUCACCAUAAUUGUUGCAAUGUGUUUCAACUUUAUGAUUUUGUGAUACUUUUUGGUUAAUAAAUGUGCAUAGUUUAUGGCAAUGUUUAAUUUCAUAUCCUUUUGGGAGGCUGUUUGUUGUACUUAAUUGAAAUGUAUAGUGGGUUAUUUUGGGUGGAUCUUUCAAUUUAAAUCUUCUUGUA